CUCCUUUUUUCGUGCACGACAUUUUCUUUGAAGAAUUUUGCUUGCUUUCACAAGCCUAAAAUGGAAUAGAAGAUGAGUGGUAUUGCGUUGCUCGUCCUCCUGGUUUGAUUUGAGUUGCAGUUAGAACGAGGUAGUGCAUGGCAGACAAAUUCAUCGUCCAAGUCUGUAAUUUAUCCACAAAUGCAACCGAAACCGAUGUUGGAGAUUUCUUCGGCUAUUGUGGAACUGUACUCAAUGUAAAGCUAGAAAGUGCUGGAAAGUAUGCACGGGUUGCAUUUGUGACUUUUAAGGAGCCUUAUGCUUUAGAAACUGCCGUUCUCUUGAGUGGAUCAAGCAUCAGAGGUCAAGUAAUAUGUGUAGUUCCAUGGGGAGGAUCUGAGGAUGCAGUUCUGCGCUGGAAGAAGCAAUCAAUGGGUAUUUCUAUAAAAGAUCAGGCCAGAGUAGAAAGAGAACUUAAACAAAAGGACAGAAGCAGCAAAACUUACACCAACAUGCAAGAAGAAGUACAGAAUGAAGAAGAUGAGGACAAACCAAAAGAAAGUAACCUUGCAGUUGCUGGUCGGGCAGUGGCCAUGGCAGGGAAUGUGGUUACAACAAUGCUCUCGAAAGGAUACACCUUGAGUAAAGAUGCAUUAGUGAAAGCCAAAGAGCUGGAUGACAAGUAUCAAGUCACAGCUACGUCUGCAGCUAAAGCGACAUCAAUGGGAAAAGAUGCAUGGACCAAAGCCAUAGAAUUAGAGGAAAAGUAUCAGGUCAGAGCCAAUGCUACAGCUAAAGUGACAUCUUUAGGAAAAGAUGCAAUGACCAAAACCAAGGAGUUGGAACCUGUUGUCACAGCUAAAAUGGUUUCCUUGGGAAAAAGUGUAGGAUCCAAAGUUAGCCCCUAUAUCUGUGCAGGAGCCUUGUGGAUCUCUGAAAAUCUUGAAAAGGGUUCCAAAGCUGCUUCUGACUGGGCCACUAAAGGUAAAUAAGGAGAAGCAGUAGCAGUAGUAUAAUUGUUAAAAUAUAGAUAGAUAGAUACAAUAGUGGAACAAAAUCCUCAAUUGGCAAUACAUGCCACUUUGUUUUGCACAAGCUUGUAAGUUUUAGAAAACUCAACUUUGGCAGUAUUCACAAGGCUACUCUUGAAGAACACAAGCACCUCUGAACAAUGUUAGAGGAGGAUGCUAACACACAAACCUGGGAUAUAUUAUAACUUUAUGAAUAUAUAAUAUUUCAUAUGUUAAGGGUC